AUGAUGAGAAAUGGACUUGAAUAGAUUUGUAAUUAGGCAACUAAUUUUUGGAAAUAACAACUCUUUCCAUAAUAAAAACAGUUUGAAGAGGCCUCUACGAAUAUUGGUUCAAAUAUCCUUAUUGAUGACUCGAUUUUUGAAGUUUCGGCUAAAAAAACCGAAGAUUUUCUCUUUUCAGAAGCACAAAAAUAAAACUAGUCUAACGAAAAAUGCGAAGAAGAAUUUGUUUGUCAUUAAAUACAAAACUCUUAAAAACUUUAUCUUGAGGAGAAUAGUCAAAAGGAGAGGGAUAGUUUUUCUUGUUCUGAAAGCUAAAAUAGGAAAAAGGAAAAGAAAAAAUCAAGAACUCGAUCAAACAAAUCAAGUAAACAUUUAUUUAAAUUACAAGCUAAAUAAAGACUAACUAUAAGCCAAGAGGCCUUUAUUUUGGAGCAAACUAGAAAGGGAACUAACCCUGCAGACAUUCCUUUAUAAAUUCCUGGCGUAGCAUCCAAUUAAAUUAAGAAUCGCUUGAUGAAAAAACUAAAAAAUUUUAGUAAAAAUAACGAAUUUUCAUGCUCAAAUAUUGCUGAUCUGAUUGAGAGGAUAUAAAAACUAUAACAAGAGUAAGACAAAGAUAACACGACUAAAAUAGAAGAGUUAAGAUAGCAUAUCUAAAUGAUUGAGAAUCACUUGAACUCAACAAAGCAGCUGAUCUUAUAAAAAUACAUGAUUUUAUUUCAACAAGAGCAAUGA